AUGCAGGGUCAAAAGAAGAGCCGAAUUUUUCUUCUACCUUUCGCUCGACGAAAACAAAAAUGGCAGCCUCCAGCAGCGGCAAUGACACGACUGGUGCCCCACCGCCGGCACUGCGGGUGUGCUUUGUCUGCACGGGCAACACGUGCCGCUCUUUUAUGGCCGAGUACGUGGCGAAGGCGUUCCUUGUGGCAUCCAGUGAUGAAGCCGUCCGAGCAAAAACGAAACAUUGGCACCUGUGCUCCCGGGGCACCAGCCUGCGAGAAAGCGUCCCGCACCCGACGGCGCUGCAGGCGCUGGGAGAGAUCGCGGGUUUUCCCAUCCCGAACCCGGACCUGGAAAAACACCGGCCCACGGACCUCAAAAGCUCGCCGCCACACCUGCUCGUCGAGCCAGGAAAUGUCAGCCAGACCUACUACUUCUGCAUGA